AUGGUGGAGUUUGCGACAGGAGCAGGCAUUUGCUUCGUGGUGUGCGUGCUCGGGCUCAGCCGUACGGUCCGCUGUCUGGCGGGCCACUGCAUCUCCUCCCUUCUCCUCGGGUUUGUGGUCCUCGUGGCCUACUGGCGACUCUACGUCGAGUUCAUGAGCGGCAGGUGGUGGCGCCCGGACGUGGCCCUCCAGCGACUACUUCGACCAGCAGAGCUGCACGGCACCAAGGCCGUGCUCGUCGAUGAGGUUAAGCACAGCUUCGACACUGAGUUCUACGUCGAGGAUCAUGGCUUCGACUGCGAGCGGCACGAGGUCACGACCGAGGACGGCUACAUCCUGCACUGCUUCCGCGUCUUCAAGAAGGACGCGCGCGACCUGUCCCUCCCGCCGAUCCUCCUCCAGCACGGUCUGUUCCAGUCGUCCGGCAUCUUCGUCACCAGCGAGGAGGACAGCAUGGCCUUCCACUUUGCCAAUAAGGGAUACGACGUGUGGCUCGGCAACAACCGAUGCAUCCACGAGAAGGGUCACACCACCAUGAAGCCGCACGAGGCACAGUACUGGGAGUGGGGCCUUGACGAGCUGGGCCACUUCGACUUCCCUGCCUUCGUCGACUACGUUACCAAGGCCACCGGACACGAAAAGGUGGUGUUCGUGGGCCACUCGCAGGGCAACGCACAGGCGUUCGUCGGCCUGUCGCGCAAUCCGCAAGUGGCGCAGAAGCUCGAACUCUUCGUGGCCCUCGCCCCCGCCUUCUACAUCGGUCGUCUCGGACACUGGGCGCUUGAGGCCAUGGUGUCCAUGCCCUCGUGCAUCUUUUACCAGCUCUUCGGCGAAUGCUCGUUCAUUCCCGUGAUGUAUGUCGUGCAGCGACUGAUGGCCCCGCAGGCGUUCGGGCAUCUGGCCUACAACAUGUUCAACUAUCUAUUCUCCUGGGGGGACACGUACUGGUGCCACUGGCGCAAGACCAAGUACUUCCUCUUCACGCCACGCCCGGUUUCGUCCCGCCUCAUCCACCACUGGGGCGAGAUCACAAGAACCGGCCAGCUCAAGCCCUACACCGCCAUGAGGAAGGACACCAUCGCAGACGACGAGCUGGGUCCCGAGGCGGCGAGCGAGAGAGAAGAGCGAGCCAAGGUCUACUCAGUGGCCAACAUCGGGUGCCCGGUGGCGCUGUUCUAUGGCGGGAAGGACAAGCUGGUCCAGGGCAAGGCCCUGGUGGAGACGCUGCAGGCCAGCAAGGAGGUCGACCUCGUCCACCACAGCGAGAUCCCGCACUACGAGCACAUGGACGUCGUGUGGGCGCACGAUGCGCGCGACACCGUGUUCGACCCCAUCGACAGCCUCAUCCGCAACGCUGGCAAGCUGCGGCGAGCGUAG